ACAGGCGGAGACUGGAGGGUUUGAGGAGGAGAAGGAGGAACGUCGUGGAUCGAGGAAUACAGGCUAGUCACUCACUCCAUACUGUAACUCCAUACAGUAAUCAAGAGCAGUCGAGAGCUGCAGACACUAAAAAAUUCAAGUGAAAUAUCCUCCAUGCUCCUCUUGGCCAAGGCACACACCGAGUCCGAGAGCGAGAGCGAGAGAAACAGAGAGAGAGACAGACAGGAUGAUGAUGGAACCAACUUGAAGUGGUUCCUCCCAACUAGUGCUCAUUGUCAUAACAUGGUGGUCACACAAACAUCAGCCAUGAUCAAACCAUAGGCCACCACCAACCCAUUGUCGCUCUCACAGAAUCACAGAAACGCCACUUUCAUCGAAUUGCCAAAUUAAGGCCAAGCCUCAAGACAGAUAUCGGAUAUCCACAUGUGAGCCAAACGAUUCGGGCAAAAGAAGCAAAACACCGAAACGUGAAAGUGUCGAAGGACACCAAUGCUUCGUGAUAAAGAUCUCCAUGUUUCUUGAAUCCGCACUUGGCAUUUCUACAUUGCAUCACAUAAGUCCGGAGACGGUUGUGAAUACCAUCCUCCAUCCAUCCAACCAACCAACCAACCAACCAACCAUUGAACCAUCCAACGAAUCACCUCUUGGGCACUGUCGAAACCAGUGAAUAGAGAUCAGUGACUCCUCCGAUUGGCGCCAAACUUUAGAUUACCUGACUCACCCACUGACUAAUAAAAGUCGUAUUCAAAUCAAAUCCGUGGGAUGGAGUGCCAGUGAAGUGUCAUCCAGAAGUACCAAACAAUCUUUAAGCCUUACAAUGGCUAUUCUAUAUUACUGUUGACAACGGAAAACCACAAUCUCAGGAAUUGCCAUCAUGAUCACCGAACGACUGCGUAUCGAGGUUCUGUCCAAGGAUCCGGAUGACAGACCCUCCUGCGGAAUAUCCCCUUGCUAGGUUUCUCAAGCAUGAACACCACGUCUAGCCGCCCAAUGGUCAUUGGGAUGAAAGGCAAGAUCGCAUCCAGAGCCCAUUCCUUUAAAGAGAACCUGCUCGAAGCCCUGGGACACCAUACACAUGACAAGGCUACUCCCGCUCACGUGGUUUUGGACCAAGGACAGCCGCAGCGCGUUCACUCCGCCGGGCACACUGGGGGCUCCUCGUCGUCGUCCAGGGGCGGUCAGCCCGUGAAUAAGACUGCCAUUCAAUUGGCCAAAAAGACGAAUUCCACGGACAACCUCAUUGGAUACUCGGAGCCCAAGCACAACACGGAUUCUUUGGCUAGGGAUGUCCAAUUGGCUCUGAGUUACUUUCAGGAUGCGGUCACCAAAGGAACUUUGGAAUUGCUCCCGGGAUGUGCCUCAAUUGUGUUGGAGCGAGUGGUCGGCUUGCAAUCGUUCGUGUUUCACGAUCCGGACCUCAAAGACGACCCCAAUCUGACCGGGGCCUUAGGGGAGCUGUACACGACCAUUUCCAAUCUGACGCAAUGGGCGGAUGCGGUGAUUGUCUCCGGUUCAUUGGAACAAACCGAAGAGUCCAGCGAGACCGUGGUAGAUCCCGUUCGGAAAGCCGUGGCCCAUCUUAUCAAUCAAAUUCACUGUCCCGCCCACGGGUCGGGAUCCAAGCCCUUGAAGAAGGCCAGUCAGCUUCACAACUCCCUGCCCGACAUCUCAUCGCCCGAUGUGGAGCACUAUCCCAAUCGUCCAUCCCCUCCUCGAUUACCUAAGCGCAAGCGAGAAGACCGCCACCGUCGCCACCACAGUCGCAAGAUCCGCAAUGGCGACGAGCUCGCCUCGCCUCCCCCUCUCCCGCCCAAACACGGGAAGCAUCAUCGGGACUCGUUGAAUCUCGGGAGUGCGGAUUGGUUCUCCAACCCGCUCUUCGACCCACAAAUGCAGCAGAGCAUGCUCAACAAGUCCUCGAAAUUCAGCUACGACCCCAACAUCGACUUGCCCUCGCCCCACGGGUUGGACACGACCUUGCCGGAUGGCCACGGGUUCCCCUACAUCGACGAGGUGUCGUCCCCGCUCAACUUGAGCCGAGAUUCCUGCUUUGGCGACGAGAUUACCACCACCGAGACCCUGCCCUCGAGUCCCUCGUUUGGGUCCAAUGAGCUCUCGCUUCGAGAUGAGGGUCACAAUAGUUUGUCGAGCAUUCUCCCUCCGCCCGUUCCGCCUCCCAACCUACCAAAGAAAGAGUACAAGCGUAAAAAGUCACAGCAUGACCCCUCCUCGUCGUCCUCAUUGUCGGCCCAGGCCCCGUCCCAUGGGCAAUUGAGCUCGUCCCAUAGCUUCGACUUGUGCAGUCGAAAGAAAGUGGAGCCUGCCUUUCCUGGAGCCGUGAGUGUCCAUCCGGCGGGUUUCAUGAUUCGCUCGGAGCGACGUUCCUCUGAUGGGAUGAAUGGUGCCCCGCCCCCCUUGCCACCAAAGAAACGCGAUAUCCUCAACUACAUGGAGCUCUUGGGCCAAUCACUCCUUCCUUCCCGGGAAGAUUUGAUGCAAAGCCUCGCUCAAACUCAGAUGCUCCUCCAGAAUGUUUGGGCGGAGAAUUACCACGAGUUCGGCGAGUUCGUUCCCGACAAUUCCGCGUUCAAUUUUCCACCAGCUCAAGGCCUCUUUACACAAAAUAUCGAUCUGUCUCGACUUCCUGUUGGGAUUCCCAUGCAGUUUCCGGACAUCAUCGAUGACCAUCAACCUCCUCCAGCGUUACCUCCGAAAAAGAACCGUCAGCACAAGAUACUGGCCAACUCCAGUCAACAAUAUCAGCUACCCUCCUUGCCCCCCAAUCAAGCCCCGCCUCUGUGUCGUCCCACCUCCUUUGAGUUGCACACAAACCGUGAGCGGCUCAUUCCCAUAGUCAGGGAGAGCGAUGGUACCAUGGUCAUCCCUCAUGGACCGUCUCCACACCCUCCACAUCUCGUCCCACCCUCGUCAUCGAGCCACUCAAAAAGAUUCUCAUCUGAGUCAGCUGCCAGCAGUUCCAAUGCAUCUGUCACAUCCGGAACCAGUGAUCAUCAUGUACCUCAAAAUCAUCACCAUCACCACCAGCAUCACCAUCACAAUCACCAACACCACCAAAUACUCAACUCAUUGAACCAAAAUCAUCAUCACCCUCCACCACCCAAAGAACGCCCUCAAAAUGGCAGCAUCACCAGUGGGUGCAGCGAUCGAGAUCGGCUCGAAGAUGGGACAUCAUCUAGCAAAAACACUAGUCAGACGUCAUCUUUGGAUCAUACCAAUCACACCGCCAACACCUCAGCCAGCUCGUCCCAAUUGGUCUUGCCCGAAAUCUCGGACGACUCUCCUUUGAACAAGUUGGGUAUGCAAAAAUGGGAGUCCCUGAUCUACGUCAACAACUCCGAAGGGAUCCUCGAACUCCGAGCGGGUGAUGUAGAUGAACUCAUCAUCCUGGCCACGGAAAGCACCAAUCGAGAUUUCGUGUAUCAAGAUGCGUUUCUGCUCACAUAUCGGACGUUUAUCAGCUCAUUGGCUUUGCUCUGGAAAUUGGAGUAUCGCUUCCGCAAGUUCAAUCCAAGUACAGACUCCGUCCACUUGAAAGCAGCCAGAAGCUCAUUCUCACUUAUGGUACGGGUCGUCGAUUCACUGAUUGAUUGCGACUUUCAAGAAGUGGAUGUGAUCAAAAAUCUGUCGGACUUCAUUGCCGAACUGGUCUCGCAUGGUGAACUCAUUUUGGCUCGAGCUUUGAGGAUUAAGUUCAUCCAAAAGUACGAUGAGCGGAGAGCCAGGCUCUUACCCGAUCUUGACUUUGGCAAACUCACCAUUAGUGAUAAACCCUUGAACCUCCUCCAGUUCAAGUCCGUGGAUUUAGCUGAACAGAUCACACUUAUGGAUGCUCAACACUUCUGGAAAUUGGAACCAGGGGAGUUGCUACUGUGGGUCAAGGAGCAAAACGAGGAAAAAUCCCCCAAUCUGGUCAAGUUCACCAAACAUUUUAACGCCAUGAGCUUUUGGUGCAGGACCAAGAUCCUUCAGGAGAGCGAUCCCAAAGAGAGGGAACGCCUCAUCAUGAAGUUCAUCAAAGUGAUGAAGUUCCUUCGCAAGCACAAUAACUUCAAUUCCUAUCUGGCCUUCUUGUCGGCCUUGGACUCGGCCUCCAUUCGUCGUCUGGAGUGGUCCAAGCAGAUCGUGGACACCAUCAAAGAGUACAGCGCUAUCAUUGAUUUCACUGGCUCCUUUAAGGCCUACAGAGAGGCCCUUUCUCAUGCAAAACCUCCGGUGAUCCCGUACAUGGGAUUGGUUCUUCAAGAUCUCACUUUCGUUCACAUUGGCAAUAGCGAUUUCGUUAAGGGGAAAGUAAACUUUGCCAAACGGUGGCAGCAAUACAACAUCUUGGACAACACUCGGCGCUUCAAACGGGAAAGUUAUCCUUUCCAACGUAAGGAGGAUAUCGUCCAAUACUUUGACAACUUCGAGCACGCUCUGUCGGAAAACGAUCUGUGGGAGAUGUCCGAGCGAAUCAAACCACGACCUCGGACCUCGCCUGUUAAGCUCGAUUCACUCAUCACCUCUAGUGACACGCCUACCGGGAACAAUGGGCCUCUCGCUAAGGGGAAUCCCACCACCUGACGAAGGUUUUCUUUCUGGUGAAUUGAGGUUUAUUACCACGACCACAACAAGUAUUCAUGCUUGCUAAUGGGCACUCAUAUGAAUGAUGAAGAACUAGGAGAAAAAGACAACACUCGAGCGUGGAUUUUGUAACUUCCACCCUUAACUCUUACUUUUUGCACCCAUAUGAUUGAUUGGCCACUGAAAAUCCAUAUUUGUAUACUGGCUCAACAAAAUGUCCACCGGGAUCAUGUUCGAAAACUCGUUGAGACAUUGUUUGGAUCAACACACAAGCGUAGGUUAGACUCUGAAACCCUUUGAAUGAAAUUGUCUUGAAGAACAUCAACCAAGUAUUUGCCAUAUACAAGUUGCAAACCGCGGAAGAAGUUGGUAAAAGUGGAUACCUGUAUUUUUGUUGGAAAAUCCGGACUAUGUUGGCCGGAUCUUGCCUCAAAGGCUGUGAUUGUUAGACUCCAAAAAUGGUAAAAUCAAUUGAACAACCCCCAUGAAACAAAACACCGGAGCAACAACGUUGAACAAAUGUCUCGUGAAUAAUAACUACUGUAUUAUUGCAUAACAAUACAGCACAAUCGUUGUUAGUAACAUGAUGAAUUGUAACUGCCGCUGCUACAAGUACUAAAUGAACAAGAAUAAUAAUACGGCAACAACUUGUGCUAGUUCCAAAAUCUCUGUCAAAUUGUCAUAUCAAAACUGCACCAUUGUCCAAUAAGGUUUGGAGACCUAUUUAUUGAUGUGUGGCAACGAAGAAUAGUAUAUGUAAUAAUAAACGUAUCUUUGUAAAGACA